AUGAAACAGAUAGGCUUACUUUUGAUGAAAUACGGUCAAAAUUUGAUUUGGGAGCACCUGAUGUUUUUAUAAAACUUGCAAAUCAAUGUAUGGAUAAAGAUCUGAAGAAGCGUCCAACUGCUAAAGAGGUUUAUGAACAAUUGAAAGAAUGGGAAAUAAUUCUUUACAAAAAACAAAAUGAAAUGAAUGAAGAAGAACUUAAAAUAAAAAAUAAAUUUUUAGAAGCAGACAAAAUUAUUCCUACACAACCAACAUUUUUACAAAAGCAUCAAGAUGUU